AUGGAUUACGAAGAAAUAAUAUGUGUGCAUUUAAACUUAAAAUUUAUAAUUUUGAAGAAUAUAGAAAAGGAUGAUAAUUGCUUAUGUGAUGAUUUUGUUAUAAACUUACCAGAUUUGAAUGAUAUUGAUUCAUGUAAUAGUUCUAAGGGAUAUUUCAUAAAAAAAUUUCAUGGGCUUUUAAAAAAACGCAAGAAAAAUGAAUAUGAAUGUGUUAUAAGCGGUACUUUAAAUGAGAUAGCUAAUUUUUUGUAUGAGCAUAUUGAAUUAUUUAUUGAAAUAAAAAAAGAAGAAAAAAGGACGAAAGAGAAUGUGGAAGAUUAUGUAGAUAAUGUACAAGUUAUACAAAGGAAUGAAAAACAAAAUAAUGAGGAGAAUAAAAGAAGAGAUUAUCAUAAUAUUGAUGAUGAUAAGAUAAAUUACGAUAACUAUCAUAGUGAUAAUAAUGAUAACUAUUGUAAUGAUAAUUAUACUUGUGAAGAAGUGUUAAAAAGGAAAAAUAAAAAUUUAUCUUCUUAUGAAGAGAAAAAGUUGGAUAAGAAUAAAAUUCAUUUACUAAAAAGUGUAGAUAUGCAUGAUAAUUUAAAUUUUGACAAAGAAAGUAUUUAUUUCAAAUGUUUAUUUAGUGAUUUAAUAAAUGAUUUCGAAUAUAUACAAAACAAAAAAUAUGAAAAUAUAAGUAAUUUUUAUAUAAGUUCUGAUUUGAUAUUUUCCAUAUGUUUAAAAUUAGAAGAACAUUUAAUUGAAAAAGAAGAUUUACAAAAAAUAAAUUUAAAGAAUGAUAAUAAUAUUCAUAUGAAAUUAGAAAAGUAUGAUAAUAAAUAUAAACAUGUGUUAAAUCUAUUUCAUAUGAAUAGUAUAUUUUAUUUAUAUGUCAAUUUUAAUCAAUAUAAUAAGCAGUUUUUUCUAGAUAAUGAUAUAGAAGUAGUCAUAGGAGAAACCGUACAAAAUGUAAGUGAAAAAGUAAGAAUGGGUGAUGAUGAUUCAAGGGGCGAUAUCCAAAUAGGUUUAAGAGAACAGAAUGGGAUUAAUAAUAUGAACGAAAAAAAAGAAUUUUUAUAUAGAGAAAAUAAAGAGGAACAAUAUGAUGAUGUAAGUGACAAUAUUAAUGAUAUGAAUAAUAUGAAUAAUAUGAAUAAUGUGAAUAAUGUGAAUAAUGUGAAUAAUAUGAAUAAUGUGAAUAAUGUGAAUUAUAUGAAUAAUGUGAAUUAUAUGAAUAAUGUCAAUAAUGUGAACAAUAUGAACAAUAUGAACAAUAUUAAGAGUGAUAAAUCAUACCAUGGUAACCAUCAUUUUAACACGGGCUGUCAUUUUAGUUUAAUAUUAGUCGAUAAUAUAAAAGAGAUAGCUGAUUAUUUUUAUAUUAAUAACUUUUGCCUACAUUUUAACGGCAUCAAAUUAUAUGUUGAUAAAAAAGGUAUUUUUUCCUUUGAUCAUAUGAAAAAUAAAAGUGAAGUUAAAGAUCAAUGGGUGUUUUAUAAAGACUCGAAAAAAAUAACAUAUAAUUUAAAUACGAUAAGUUCAAUUAAUAAUAAUGAUAAACAAAUAAAUAUUAGAGCUAGUAUCAUUUCAAUAUUUUUAAAUACAUGUACAAGUAUAAAUAACGGUAUUCAUUCGUUUGGUUAUAGCUCAGGUAGUAUAAUUCAUGAUAAUUAUAACAUAGAUGAAUCUUAUUAUAACAAUGAUAAUUUAUAUAAGGAUAUAAUGAAUGAUGCUGUAUAUCCUAUUGUUGUCAAUGAUGAUAUUACGACAUCGAAAAUGAAUAAUUUCACGUAUAAUAUGUUACAUAAUGUUAUACCUAAUACUAUAUGUAACAUGACGUGCAAUUUUUUUGUAUCUGUAAAUAAUUGUCACAUACUAGAGCUUAGCAAUAUCUAUGCAGAGAAAAGAAAAAAAAAUGAAAGUGAAUUUUAUUUAAAAAUGGAGUCCGAUUUGUUUGAUGAGAAGUUUAAAUCGGAGUUGUAUUUGUUUCGCGAGAACGCAAAGAUUGAACUUAAAGAUUGCUAUGUGAACCACAAUUUUGAAGUAAGAGACGAAGAAGAAGUGUACUAUAAUUUGGAGGGGAAAAAACUUUUUUUUGAACUUUACAUGAAAGAAAAAGAUAGUGAAAUAAACAUAGGAGUUGGAGAAUUUCAUAUAAACAAUAUUAUAAGCGAAUUAAAUGAAAUAAAUAUCAAAAAGAAGGCUCCACAUUAUUAUAAAUUUAAUUAUAAAGUGUGUUUGUAUUUGAAUGUUUUUAAGGAGAAAUAUUUGACAUCUGAACUUAAUGUUGAAAUAUAUGUUAGUUUAAAGGAAGACAUAUUACUAAAUAAUAUGAUGACUCAUAAAAAUAAAAAUAUGGAUAUAAACACAAAAAACAACACAAAGAACAACACAAAAAAUAACAACAACAAUAAUAAUAAUAAUAAUAAUAACAAUAGUAAUAAUAUCAAUAGUAAUAAUAAUUUGAAUAGUAUAUACAGUAAUUAUAAUGGUACUUUUAAAAACAUAUCAAGUCAUACAGUAAACACUACACAUUUCAAUACAAAGAAUAUCCCCCAAAAUUUAUACGAAUUUAAAUUAUGGAAAGAAAAAGAAGAAGAUGUUAUGAGAAGUAUGUUUAAGAAAAAAGAAGAACAAUUAAUUAAAAAGUUUAGUAAGAAGUAUGAAAUAAUGGAAAAGGAAAGAAAAAGCGAAUUUGAAAAGAAGAAAAAUGAAUUGAAAGAAAUUAUUAUAAAAAUGAAAGAAGAACAAAUAAAUAUUAUUAAUAAUAAGAAUAUGUUAAAAUUAAAAGACAAAGAAUUAAAUGAAGAAAUCUAUUCGUUAGAAAAAAAGCUGAAAAAAAUUAAAUAUGUGUAUGAAAAAUCUUUAUAUACAUUUAAGGAGAGAUUAAAAAAAAAUGAAUUAAAUGAAAGUGUAAUAAAAGAAAAUGAUGAAUUAAGAGAUAAUUAUAAAAAGUUAAUAAAAGAAAAUAGAAUUUUAUUAAAAGAAAAAGAUCAUAUGAAAAAUAUGUUAAAUAAAUAUAAUCAUAAAGAAAAUGUUAUAAUAAGUAAAACAUAUUUUCAACAAAUAAAUCAAGAAUUAAAAUAUUUCAAGGAAAAUAAUAAAAAUAACCUAUUAUUAUUAGAUACUAAAAAAUAUAAUGAAAAUGUGCAAUCAUAUAUAAAAAUGAUAUAUAAAAAUAGAAAAAAAAGUUUACAACAUAUAUCCAAUUUUAUUAUACAACUUGAAAAUAUAUAUGAUUUAAUAAAUAACGAAAUAGUAGAACAACAAUUUCAUAAUAUAUUAAAAAGUAUUAAUGAUAUAAAAUAUAUAUUAAAUGAAGAAAUCAAAGAAGAAAAAAAUCUAAUGCAUAUAUUAUCAUUAUCACAAUCGCCAAAACAUAUCAAAGCAAAAAAUGAUGAUAAUUAUAUGUCAAGCUGGGACAUGUUAGAAGAAAAACAAAAUGAUAAUCUUCUUCAGAAAGAUACAUAUAUGGAACAACAUAUAUAUAUACACAAUCAUCCUGAACAAAAACAACAAAAAGAAGAAAAACACCCAAAACAACAACAUAAUAAUAUUAAUAAACCAUUUAAAGAUAAUACCUUAAGUAAUAAAAAAGAGGCUCUUCUUUCAUGUGUGGACAAAAAAAAAAAAUUAAAUAAUAUAUAUAUAUCCAAGGAUGAGAAAAAAAUAAAAAAUACAAAAUUAGUUAUGGAUAAGGAUAAAUCUAACAUUGUUUCAAAAAAAAUAUACGACAACAAAAAUAAUAAUAAAGUUAUUGAAAAUUUAAAGAGUGAAAUUAGUAGACUAAUACAAACUGGUAUAUAUAAUGAAGAUGACGAAAUAAUUAAAAGUAUGAAAAAAAAGUUAAACGCCUUAUUAAAUUAA